GUGGUGGUGGUGGUGGAGUGCCAUUCAGGCUGUGUGUGAAUGGCUGUGGCCCCUUGUGGCUAAGUUUUGCACAUUGAAUGCAGACUUUUUCAUGCUUUGUGGAUGAUGGAAUUCUAAAGAUGAAGCAGAUAGCUGAUCAGCUUCCCUGGAUUUUGCUGACGACACAGGAUUUCUUUGCCUGAAGAUGGAAACACUGGAGUCGGAACUGACCUGCCCUAUCUGUCUGGAGCUGUUCGAAGACCCACUGCUUCUGCCUUGCGCACACAGCCUCUGUUUCAGCUGUGCACACCGAAUCCUGGUUUCCCACUGUGCAUCUAAUGAGUCCGUAGAAUCAAUCACAGCCUUCCAGUGUCCGACGUGUAGGUAUGUCAUCACCCUCAACCAUCGUGGUCUAGAAGGGCUGAAACGCAACGUCACUCUACAGAACAUUAUUGAUAGGUUUCAGAAGGCUUCAGUAAGUGGACCAAAUUCUCCGAGUGAAAGUCGCAGAGAACGGGCCUUUGACAGUAACACCAUGACGUCAACUGAGAAGGUCCAGUGUCAGUUUUGCGAGCAGGAUCCACCGCGGGAAGCUGUGAAGACUUGUGUGACUUGUGAAGUCUCGUACUGUGACGAGUGUCUUAAAGCAACGCAUCCCAACAAGAAGCCGUUCACCGGGCAUCGGCUGAUCGAGCCCAUCCCGGACUCGCACCUCCGGGGCUUGAUGUGUCUGGAGCACGAGAAUGAGAAAGUGAAUAUGUACUGUGUUACAGACGAGCAGUUAAUCUGUGCCCUGUGCAAGUUGGUGGGGCGGCAUCGGGACCACCAAGUGGCAGCAUUAGGUGAUCGCUUUGAAAAAAUAAAGCAAAGUCUGGAGACGAACCUGGCCAACCUAAUUAAGAGGAAUAAUGAGCUGGAAACACUAAUGGGCCGAUUAAUCCAGACCUGCCAGCAUGUCGAGGCAAACGCAACACGACAGGAGGUCAAACUAACAGAAGAAUGUGAUCAGCUGAUUGAAAUCAUCCAGCAAAGACGGCUACUCAUUGGCACUAAAAUCAAGGAAGGAAAGGUGGUGAGAUUAAGAAAACUGGCACAGCAAAUAGCUAAUUGCAAGCAAUGCAUUGAAAGAUCUGGAUCUCUCAUCACUCAAGCAGAACACACUCUGAAAGAGAACGAUCACGCUCGCUUCCUACAGACCGCUAAAAAUAUCACUGAAAGAGUGUCUAUGGCCACUGCAUCUUCUCAAGUGCUUAUUCCAGAAAUCAAUUUGAAUGAUACAUUUGAUACAUUCGCAUUAGAUUUCUCACGUGAAAAGAAGAUGCUGGAAAACCUUGAUUAUCUCACAGCACCGAAUCCACCUGCUAUCAGAGAAGAGCUGUGUACAGCAUCACAUGACACGAUCACGGUUCACUGGACGUCGGAUGAUGAAUUCAGCGUAGGGUCGUAUGAACUACAAUAUGCUAUUUUCACAGGACUCGCCAAUGUAGUUAGUUUGUGUAGCUCAGCCGACAGCUGGAUGAUUGUUCCUAACAUCAAACAGAACCAUUACACAGUCCACGGGUUGCAGAGUGGCACCAAAUACAUCUUUAUUGUUAAGGCCAUAAAUCAGGCCGGCAGCCGCAGCAGUGAACCCUCCCGGCUAAAGACAAACAGCCAGCCAUUUAAACUGGACCCCAAAUCCGCCCACAGGAAACUGAAGGUGUCUCAUGACAACCUAAGUGUUGAGCGGGAUGAAACUGCCUCGAAGAAAAGUCACACUCCAGAGCGCUUCACCAGCCAGGGGAGCUAUGGCAUAGCUGGCAACGUGUAUAUCGACAGUGGCCGCCAUUACUGGGAGAUCCUCAUUGCGGGAAGCACAUGGUAUGCGAUUGGGGUUGCCUACAAGUCAGCCCCAAAACACGAGUGGAUUGGGAAGAAUACCUUCUCUUGGGUGUUUUGCCGGUGUAAUAAUAGUUGGGUGGCAAGGCACAACAGCAAGGAGAUCCCAGUGGAGCCCUCGCCACACCUCAGGCGGCUGGGCAUUUUGCUGGACUACGAUAAUGGAUCUUUAGCCUUCUACGAUGCGGUUAACUCUCAGCACCUGUACACCUUUGACAUUACAUUUGUUCAACCAGUGUGCCCCACAUUCACUGUAUGGAAUAAAGCUCUCACCGUUUUAACAGGUUUGCCAAUACCAGAUCAUCUGGACUCCACAGAGCAUAAUGAGUAAGGAAGGAAUGAGACUAGGGCUCCUAUCUUAAUGUGAGAGCACAUCACAUAGUUGACUGGAACUGCCUUACUCAAUCAGCUUUCAUCUCAUUAUCCUAUCUGAGCUGGAACUAAAACACAUAUGUGCUUUUCUCCCCACCCAAGUUAACGUGCAAACAAUGGCUUUAACGUUCCUUUACUUUGUACUUAAUCUCGUAUAGUGAAAUUUAUAAAUUAUUUAUAUAAAAAUAAUUUUUGGGGGACUAAAAUUGUAGAACUCUCUUGCUAUUGCACAUUUGUUGUUUAUGUUGUAUUUAUGCAUUGGUGAUUUGUUGGGAACUUUGUGAUAGAAAACAUUUUUAAAAAAUGAGAAAUGUGGAGGGAAAUGAUAGAAUUGGCAACAGGAUUGUUAAACGAUUUUUAUAUUGCAUAACAACUGGUAUUAGAGAGCUACCUGGUACAUUGGUAUAUCAUUCUCCUUAAACUGGGAUGUGCACCCAAUCCGAACUGAGUUGAGAGAAUUCCCAUGUGGAUUCUGUCUGUUUGGCACGAAGGAGACGCCAUCCCAUCCUUUCAAAAUACAGAAACUGCAAUCAAAUCUUGUACAUACAUAGCAUAGUGUGUGCAUGUGUAUAUGGAGGGUGGAAUGAAACUUAUUAUCUACUGAGUUAUAAGACUGCUCUCUCUUCUGCAAGAUCUGGAGUUACAGAUCCAGUAUAGAUAUAGGUUGAAAGCCUCUUGUCUUUAAUAGUUGGUAUGGGCCAUCCCAGGAAAUAAGCGUAGGCAUUCUUGAUGUUAAUGCACAAAUACUUCAAUUUAGCAGUAGUUGACACAAGCAUAUUAGCUUUCAGGCAAUAGGGACAACCAAUGUGAGAAAUGGAAAUGUUAUACAAGUGCAGUUGAGGGAGAGGUCACAUUACUAAGGUUUUGUAGUGGCUGUGUAGAUUUUAAGGUAAUGUAUGAGGAACUUUACAUUAAAUCUGAACCAUGUAGACUUAUCCUGGUCCGAUGCUGUCACUGAGAACAAAGUAGACAGAUAAAAUGUUGCACUGUGUUGGAUCACGAGUUCAGGCACAACAUGCUUUUAAACGCUAAAAGAUAUAGGCAUGAAAUGAAUAAGAUCCCUCUUUAAGAAAUAAUACUUUCAUCCAUGUCAUAUCACUUUAUUGAAAGGUUGUACAAAAACACUCCAAAACUGUAACUUGAUACAGUUGACAUGCAAUGGAUAAUCUUCAUUACUACCAUACCUUUACCACUUAUAACAGCAGUUUGCUGAAUGCUAUAGCUUGCAAACAAAGAGUUAACAAUGAUAUGAUUUAAAGGGAAGUUGUCUCUUUGAGGUCGUGAUCAGUUUUAAAAUCAUGUUUUCAUAUGUAUUUCUACCUUUAGAAAUUUACAUGUCAUGUAUUUUGCUUUUCAUUUAGCAGUUUUUUUUUCAAACCAGCCCUUUAGAACUAGAAUUGAAACACUGCAUUAAGUACUGUAGUAAUCAUAACAGAAUUGAAAUAUUGCUCCUCUGUUCUGGCCAGUCUAUUUCAAUAUUAACAGCUGAGAAACCUGUGACCAUUCCUGUUCAGCAAGGCUGUCUAACAUGGGCAUGAGCCUAGGUGUAGCACAAAGGUACUAAAUUCAAGGAUUUGAGGACAACUGUGUGAAGAACUGGGAUGACACACAGUUUCUUGUGAAGUUCUUCGUGGCAGAGAUGCAUUAUUGUCAGUUGCACAAUAAGAAAUCUUUGAAACCUGCAUGUUUGGUGUUGAAUAGCGGUUGCAAGUUUUCAAACAACAUUCGCAAGAUCUAUUCUUUGAUGGAAGAGAACAGAAGAGCAGGUCGGACGGGAAAAAAUAAACAGUCGCCUGGAGUCCAAAACUGGAAUGCUUUGCAAACUGCUGUUAAAAUUACAAAAGAAAAGACAAAAAGUAUCUGGUUACAACUCCUGCAUGAAACUGAAGAGGUACAGCACCUGGGAUCUAAUAUGGGUGCACAAGGACACUCUGUGCCAUGCUCAGAUGUAAAUACCAGCUGCAGAAACCGUCUACAGCCCAAUGGGAAAUACAAUCCAACAACAAGCUGCACAACAAUGACUCCCAUUGAACUAUGGCAGUACUUUUAAAUGCAUAUUAUCUUCGGAUUACACAAAUCGGAUCCCUAAUGGAAAACAGCCAGUUAACUACAUAGCAGGAGCCUCUGAUUAGAGUUGGGACUCUAAAAUUAACCUUUCAGUACGAGCCAGUGGAUCCUUCCUGUGGACUCUUAAAUAUCAGUGUGUUCAGUAACUAAAUCCAUUUUGGGGCAUUUGCAGAUUGCUCAGCAACUUCAAGCCAGCUCCUCUUCAUCUCAAUUUAUCAGCACGAACACAGUGGCUGAAAUAACAAUUGUGCGUGUUGAUAUCGACAGCCCACUAUUAUUGAUUUUUCUGUUCCUAUUUGUUUUGGAUUAAUCAAUCUGUUUCUUUUUUUAUUUUGCAGUGCUGAAUUCAAUGGCUGAUUCAGGAAUAAAGAAACAUU